AUGAGUGUUUUCCAGAAGCUCAGAAACAGAAGAUUAGACGACAUUUCGUCGGCCGUUAUUGCUCCUGAGGAGGAGAAGGUGGUCGUCUCCGACCCAGAAGGCAAGGAGGCUGCUCUUGACGAUUCCAUUAGCGAGGUUAGCUCCGACGCUCCAGAGGGUGUCCAAGCCAUUGAAGGUGCUUUGAUGGUCUGGCCUAAAUGGGCUGUCUACACCACCUACGCCUGGAUUUGGGUGUGUUACUUCAUGCUUGCUCUGCAACAAACCAUCGGAACUACCAUGAUGCCUUACGCUUAUGCCAGUUUCAUUGCUGCCCCUGCCGUUAGUACUGCUAACAUUUUGGCAACUAUCAUUGGUGGUGUUUUGAAGCUUCCAAUUGGUAAAAUGCUCAACAUCUGGGGACGUGCCGAGGGAUUCGUUGUCUUCGUUGGUGUCUACUUGCUCGGAUUGAUCAUCUUAGCCGCCUGCAACAACCAGCACGCUUACGCUGCGGGUUACGUUCUUUACUGGAUUGGAUACGAUGCCAUCUACCUCAUCCUCAACAUUUUCAUCGCUGAUACCUGCGGUCUUAGAAACCGGGCUUUCGCUUUCGCUUUCGCCAGUACCCCAUUCAUCUGUACCGCUUUCACUGGUUCUCUCGCUGCAGAAUCCAUCCUGAAAACAGCUACUUGGAGAUGGGGUUUCGGUAUUUUCACCAUUGUGAUGCCGUUUGUCUUUCUUCCUCUUGCUGGUGUGUUCAAAUACUACCACAUCAAGGCUGUCAAGCUCGGUGUGGUCAAACCACGCAACUCUGGCAGAACUUACUGGCAAUCCAUCCAGCACUACUUCCACGAGUUUGAUAUCGUUGGUGCUUUCAUCCUCAUGGCUGCCUUCGUUCUGCUCUUGCUUCCAUUCUCUCUGCAGACUUACGGAAGAGCCACUUACCACUCCGCUAAGUUCAUUGCCAUGAUCAUCAUUGGUGGCUGCCUGUUCCCAGUCUUUGCUGCUUGGGAGAAAUGGGGAGCCAAGGUUCACUUCAUCAAAUACGAGUUGUUCAGAGAUCCUACCGUCAUUGGAGCUUGUAUUUUGGCUGCCGUCAACAACAUCAGUUUCUACUGCUGGGAUUUGUACUACUACAACUUCGUUCUUAUCGUUUACAACUUGAGUGUCAGAGACGCCGGUUACAUGUUGGAGAUUUUCAAUGUUGGUUCUUGUUUCUGGUCUCCAAUCUUUGGUCUUUACGUGCGUAUCACCAAGCACUUCAAGUACGCUUGUCUGUUCUUUGCUCUUCCAUUGCAAAUCUUGGGAUGUGGUUUGUUGAUCCACUUCCGUGGUGAGUACACCUCUAACAUCGGUUACAUCAUCAUGUGUCAGAUCUUCAUUGCCUUUGCCGGAGGAAUGCUUGUUAUUGGCGAGGAGAUGGCCGUUAUGGCUGCUUCCGACAAGGAAGGUAUUCCUAUGAUGCUUUCUUUGGUGUCUCUGUUCUCUUCCGUUGGUAGCUCCAUCGGUUACGCCAUUUCCGCUGCCGUCUACGACAACACCUUCUACGAUGCUUUGUCCAAGAAACUGUCUGCUUCCGAGGCCUCUUCGAUCUACCUUGGAGGUGUCACCGCCCAGAGCUCGUACCCAGUCGGCUCCACCACCAGAGACGCCAUUAUCUACGCCUGGAACUACAGUCAAAAGUACAGUUCUGUCGCUGCAACUGCUAUUUUGGCUCUUUCCAUCCCAUCUAUUGCUGUUUGGAAGAACUUCAACGUGGACCAGAAGAGAAACAAGGGUCACGUUAUGUAA